AUGACCCCACGGGAGCAGCUGAGGAAGAUGACAGCGCUAGGAGAGCAGGGGGCUUUAGAUGAGAAGCACUGGUACCGUCUGGUUAACGGCAUGUCUGCUGGAGAGCUGAGGCAGAGACAGGAGAUGAUUAUGAGGAACCAGAUGGCCAUGGCCCCGCAGAUCCUCGCUCAGGGGCAGCAAAGGUUGCAGGGUGUCCCUACACAGUUCGAACCUCGCUUCAUGGAGAGGGAGCUGGUUCCCCAAAACGAAAUGGUUGCUUCUGACACCAGACAGAUGCACAUGGGACCCCAUCUGGGUCCACCUCUACCACCACAUGCCAAUGUCCUGCCUGGGAGAGCAUUCCCAGGAGCAGCUGGCUACGGGUUCCUGCCCUCAGAGCCCAUGGAAACAGUAGCCCGGCGACAGGAGCUUAUUCACAAGCAAAAUAUAGCCAGAAUGGAGAUGAAUGCCAUCCUACAUCAGAAGGAGCUGGAGAACGCUCAUCAAAAGGGACUUAUUGGAAUUGAUAACCCCAUGGCAUACUCCUCCAACCCCAUGGCGUUUAGAAGUCGUCAGCGCCUGCCAGAUGGCCAUGAUGUCUUCGUUCACCGUCCCACCCUCGAUGAGCUGCACUCCAACAGCCUCCUCAUGUCAGCUAGCCCUUACCCACCAAUGAGCACACUCCACAGAGAGCGGGGCCGCAGGGCAGGCAGGAGGCCGACCGCUCACAAGACCUCAGAGAGCAACGUCGCCCACCUGAAAUGCCAGACAGAAGACAAAAGUGUAGAGCAGAGCCCGGGGGCAACAUCAGGGGAGGAGAAAGAGGCGGAAGCGAAGGGGGACAUGGGAGAAGAGUGUGCGACAAGCAAGACGCAUCAUCAGGCCAAAAUAGACUCUGAGCUCAGCACAGGAAGCAGGAAAAACUACAAAGAAGGGGAGCCCGGCCUGCGCAAAAACUGUCAAGAUGGCUGCUCAGAUGUGGCCAACAGCACCUCGAACGAUAAAGACAUUUCUAGCCAGUGUUCAGCUUUCCAGGACAAAUUCAUGUAUCCCUCCUCUGGUGGAACGCUUACAGGAAUGCCUUACAUGUUCCCAGUCCCUGGAAAUGGUUUUCUUCCACCUGGUCCAGCCAAUCUCUUUCUCAAUGGUGACGAGGUGUCUGAGGACGUAAGAAAAUGGACGGUGAAUGAUGUUUACAACUUCAUCAACAGUAUACCCACGUGUUCAGAAUAUGCACAGACCUUCAAAGACCACAUGAUUGACGGGGAGACACUGCCCCUACUGUCAGAGGAGCAUCUGCUGGACACACUGGGGCUCAAGCUGGGACCAGCUCUAAAGAUCCGCUCACAGGUUUCCAGACGCAUGGGCAACAUGUUGUACAUGAUGAACCUGCCGCUCGCCACCGCUGCACCGCUGCAGGCCCCUCCAGAGAAGCCCGGGGAUCGUUCACCAGAGAUCGGCUCCCCUGUCAACUGCAACAGUGAGGAGAUGGUGGCGAGUCCACGAGACACUGAUGUCCUCAAGUCCACAGAGAACCUUCAAGAGACAGACAACAACAACUCACCUCCAUCUGCAAGCAGUGAGACAGUCUGAUCAGAGCAAGAAAUGAGGACAAACAAAAACAUAACCAGGCCCAGUCUGCACCUACUGCAUCAGUAGAUGAUAUGUUUACAUAAUUAUUGACUGAUUUCAGAUGCUUUUUAUUAUAUGCUACCUGGUCUUUAAACGCUGAGGUUCA